UUGCAGGUACGGAGUGACGAUCUAGACAAUAGAGGGCGCCUCUCAUAAACACCUGUCUUGUCUUGAAAUCAACAACAAAAGUAAUGAAAUGAAGCGUUUGUGACACUUUUAAAGGAUUUUGAAAUAAGGUUUGACAAUGGCUGGCCCUGGUGUAUUUCAUGUGGAGUUUGGAAUAAAUGAGACACAGUUGACAAGAGCUCUAGAAUUACACCACUAUGAUGAGGCAGAACAAAUGAUUGAAGAUUGCACAAAUGCAACAUAUCUUGAUGAAGGUUGCUACCAGCGUACACCACUCUAUAUAGUACUCUGUGGUAUGAACGAGGAUGAGACAACCCCAGCCCCCAGGAACCUUAAUAUAGCAGCGCUGUUAGUACGAGCUGGGGCCAAUAGCAACUACAGAGUGCCAGCUACACUAUUUGGUUCAGAGUAUGUUGGCCCUGGAAAGACUGCCCUGGAAUUAACAGUGGAUUUCUACAACACAAUAACCAAACACCCCUGCCACACAACUUUUAACUCACUAGAGAGGAAGCUGACUAUAUGGAACCCUCUUCAUUAUAAGGUGAUAGGGUUGAACAACAGGUUGCUACACACACUAGAAGAAGUCCUGGAUCACCUCUCAGACUUCAUCGCUAUCAUGUUGGGCCAUGGAGGGGAUGUUAAGAUCAGAGAUGAGUAUCACAUGACACCUUUACAUAGAACUCUAGUCUACAGUACUGACCUUCGUAUAUCAGAACUACUUUGUGAGAACAGUGCAGAUAACAAUGCAAUAGACAUCAGAGGUAAUACACCACUAUUGGCUCUUUGUGACGCAUUCCCCUUUGGUGUUUCAAAGUUCAUAGAUGACAGACCGUAUGAUGACCCUUACACUGAAUGUUGCAAUCUAACUGGAAAAGAACAUUUUGCUUCAUAUAUGACUUCAACUGAAGGCCUCAAGUUGGAUGUCCAGAACAAGCAAGGCCGCACAGCUCUGUUCAACUCCAUGGUGCGUGGUGAUAUGGCUACUUGUCGAUUGUUGCUGGAGAGGGGGGCUAGUCCCAUCCAAAGGGGAUCAGUCAGAGAUGGACGCAAACAGAGGAUGAUCUCCCCUUUGUUUGCUGGUCUGUGCUCACUGAGAGUGGUGAAGAAACGAAUGGACAGAUACUGUGCUAACAUUCCACAAUCGUACAGGUUCCUAGCUCAAAUGAUGGACUCAGGAUUUUUCUCAAAGCCAGAGAUAUCCAGAGAAUUAUUUGAAUACAUAGAUACGGAUUUCCCAGAACUCAGUCAUUUACAAGGCUUAGGGUCCAAACUACUUCCAGCUAUAUUUGGCAACACGUCUUCAUCACUACGACAACAGUGUGCACGUACAAUAUUCCAAAGAUGUUUCAUAAAAUGCAGAAAACCACACCAUCUAUUGUUUCCUCCUGGGACUAUCGGUUAUUUCUUCACUUUAGAAGAUUUUGACCUCCCUGAGGCAUACUGGAGAUAUCUUACUGAGUUAAUAGAUGUCCCUGUGUUAAAGAACUUAGUAACUAUCCUAGGUUUGCCUAAGGACCUUCUGUCUUCAUUCGAGAUUGAGCUUCUACGCCAAAGACUGUUUAGCAAGUUUAUGCAGUUCCAGUGGUUUGAAUGGUAUGAUGAGGAAAUAGAUGGCGCUAUUGGUGGUGUUUAUUCAGAUUACAAUAGCAACAGUGACUCCCCUAGCGACGGAGGAGAUUCGGAUUUGGAAUACUGGUAGAGAGAAAAUUUGUGUUUUUAUAUUAUUAUAUUAUAACUAUGCAAGAUAGGUAUGUGACAACAUGUGACAACAUGUAGCCUGGUGUGAACUUUAAUUAAAGCUUAAACUGUAAAACCUGUAACGUGGAAAACCUCUGUUAGUUGAGAUCUUCAUAAAUGGAACACUUCAAAGUCAUUUU